CCCCUGGUCCCGCCCGCGGGGGCCUCCGGCGCGGUCCCCGAGCGUUUCCGGCCGGGUGGAGCGGGCCAAGCCCAGCAGGAUGACCAGCCCCGCGGCCGCGCAGAGCCGGGAGAUCUACUGUUUGAGCCCGGAAGCGCAGAGGCUGGCGGAGGCUCGGCUCGCCGCAAAACGGGCGGCCCGCGCGAAGGCUCGUGAGAUCCCCAUGAAGGAGCUGGAGCGGCAGCAGAAGGAGGUAGAAGAGAGACCAGAAAAGUAUUUUACUGCGAAGGGGUCUCGUAACAUGCCAGGUCUGUCUGCAGCCACGCUGCCCUUUCUGGGUGGGACUUCCUCUCGGAGAGGCAGCGGAGACACCUCCAUCUCUAUCGACACCGAGGCGUCCAUCAGGGAAAUCAAAGACUCUCUAGCAGAAGUUGAAGAGAAAUAUAAGAAGGCUAUGUUUUCCAAUGCUCAGCUAGACAAUGAAAAGACAAACUUCAUGUACCAAGUUGAUACCCUGGAAGAUAUGUUGCUGGAGCCUGACGAACAGCUGGCUGAAUCUAGGCGGCAGUACGAAGAGAAAAACGAAGAAUUUGAAAGGGAAAAACACGCCCACAGUAUACUGCAGUUUCAGUUUGCUGAAGUCAAGGAAGCCCUGAAGCAAAGAGAGGACAUGCUCGAGAAACAUGGAAUAAUCCUAAAUUCAGAAAUAGCCACCAAUGGAGAGACUUCCGACACUCUCAAUAGUGUUGGAUACCAAGAUCCUACCAAGAUGACGAAAGAAGAGUUAAAUGCCCUCAAGUCGACAGGGGAUGGGACCCUAGAAGCCAGUGAAGUGGAGGUGAAGAAUGAAAUCGUGGCAAAUGUGGGGAAAAGAGAAAUCUUGCACAAUACUUAGAAAGAACAACAUACAGAGGACACAGUGAAGGAUUGUGUGGACAUAGAGGUAUUCCCUGCUGGUGAGAAUACCGAGGACCAGAAAUCCUCUGAAGACACUGCCCCAUUCCUAGGAAACUUAGCAGGUGCUACCUAUGAGGAACAGGUUCAAAGCCAAAUUCUUGAGAGCGCUUCUCUCCCUGAAAACACAGCACGGGUUGAGUCAAAUGAGGUCAUGGGUGCACCAGAUAACAGGACCAGAACUCCCCUUGAGCCAUCCAACUGUUGGAGUGACUUAGAUGGUGGGAGCCACACAGAGAAUGUGGGAGAGGCCACGGUGACUCAGGUUGGAGAGCAGGCAGGCACAGUGGACUUGUGUCCUUUAGGGCAUAGUGAUGACACAGUUUAUCAUGAUGACAGAUGUAUGGUAGAGGUCCCCCAAGAUUUAGAGACAAGCAUAGGGCAUAGUUUAGAGAAAGAAUUCACCAACCAGGAAGCAGCUGAGCCCAAGGAGUUUCCAGUGCAGAGUACAGAAGCAGGUAGGGAUCACAACGAAGAAGAGGGUGAAGAAACAGGAUUAAGGGAUGAGAAACCAAUCAAGACAGAAGUUCCUGGUUCUCCAGCAGGAACUGAGAGCAAGGGUCAGGAGGCGAGAAGUCCAAGUACAGUUGACACUCAGAGUGAACCCUUAGAUAUGAAAGAGCCAGAUGAAGAAAAGAAUGACCAACAGGGAGAGGCAUUGGACUCAUCACAGAAGAAGAAAAAGAACAAGAAAAAGAAGAAGAAAAAAUCCCCAGUACCCAUAGAAACCCUUAAAAAUGUUAAAAAAGAGUUAACUUAUCAGAACACGGAUUUAAGUGAAAUGAAGGAAAAGCAGGUAAAGUCUACUGACAGAAAGUCAGCAGUGGAAGCCCAAAACGAGGUGACUGAAAAUGCAAAACAGAAAAUUGCUGCAGAAAGCGGUGAAAAUGUUGAUUGUCCAGAGAAUCCUAAAAUUAAGUUGGAUGGAAAACUUGACCAAGAAGGCAAUGAUAUAAAAACAGCAGCUGAGGAGGUACUAGCUGAUAGACACACAUUAGAUUUUGAGGAUGUCACAGUUCAAUCAUCAGGCCCAAGGGUUGGUGGUGAAGAAUUACGUGAAGAUGUUGCAAAAGAUAAUGCUAAAAUAGAUGGUGCCACUCAAAGCAGUCUUGAAGAACCAGAGAGUGAAGAUGCAGAUGGCUGCACCCUGCCCAAAAAUGAAAGUCCCUCACAGGACAUUAGUGAUGCCUGUGAAGAAGAAAGUACAGAGAGGUGUGGGAUGUCAGAACAUCCAAGUCAGAUUUCAUUGUGUUGCAUUCAUCGUGCUUAUGAGACACAGGUGGGCAGCAAACGAGACUAUCCCUCCAGUCCCCAUGGAUUGGAAAUGUUCCCACUUUUUUAUGAACUCAUUGCAGUAUCUCCGUCUCCCUUUCCCCAAAGGACAGCCUUUCCUGCCUCAGGGAAGAAGAGAGAGACAGACUACAGUGAUGGAGACCCAUUAGAUGUGCACAAGAGGCUGCCAUCCAGUGCUGGAGAGGACCGAGCCAUGGUGCUGGGGUUUGCCAUGAUGGGCUUCUCAGUCCUAAUGUUCUUCUUGCUUGGAACAACCAUUCUAAAGCCUUUUAUGCUCAGCAUUCAGAGAGAAGAAUCGACCUGCACUGCCAUCCACACAGAUAUCAUGGGCGACUGGCUGGACUGUGCCUUCACCUGUGGUGUGCACUGCCGCGGUCAGGGGAAGUACCCGUGUCUUCGGGUGUUUGUGAACCUCACGCAUUCAGGUCAGAAAGCUCUCCUACGUUAUAAUGAAGAGGCUGUCCAGAUAAAUCCCAAGUGCUUUUACACACCUAAGUGCCACCAAGAUAGAAAUGAUUUGCUCAACAGUGCUCUGGACAUAAAGGAAUUCUUCGAUCACAAAAAUGGAACCCCCUUUUCAUGCUUCUACAGUCCAGCCAGCCAAUUUGAAGAUGUCAUUCUUAUAAAAAAGUAUGACCACAUGGCUAUCUUCCACUGUUUAUUUUGGCCUUCACUGACUCUGGUAGGUGGUGCCCUGAUUGUUGGCAUGGUGAGAUUAACACAACACCUGUCCUUACUGUGUGAAAAAUAUAGCACCGUAGUCAGAGAUGAGGUAAGUGGAAAAGUACCUUAUAUAGAACAGCAUCAGUUCAAACUGUGGAGUAUGAGGAGGAGCAAAGGAAGGAGGCAGAGAAAUCUUAAGACGGUAGCCAAAUUAAAGUGCCGGCCUUCAGAUGUCUGUGAUUUCUGCACCCGAGGACCUAAUUAUGCCUGUCUGCAAACUAACAAUGUAAAAGGUAAUAAUUAAAGCUAAGUAUCAUAUUUUCACGUGGGAAAAAAUUUAAAAGCCUCAUUUUGUAUUCUAUUUAUUUCUAUAAAUACAUACAAAUUCACCAUCUUUUCUAAUCCCAAUCUCUUUCCAAAUGAGCUAAGGAAGCACUUUCUUUUUCCUGCAUAGCAAAAUGAGUUCAAGAUAUUCUUUGCCUAAUUUCAGCUCUAGCUAGAACUAGUCAAUAUGGAAAUAAACAAUGAGGGUAUCUAACCUACUGAACACUGAACCAUCAGCCUAACUCUAUGCAAUAUAGUCAUACUAAAAUAUUUCUCAUAAAAAAGUUCUUAACAGUUCUUUCACUAUACGAAGAUAAAAAUCUGGUAGAAAACUUAAGAAAACAUGGACCUAACAUAUUUAUUAUAGUUUUUUCUUUUUUUUCCUUUUUGAGAUGGAGUU